AUGGCCACCGCAGUGUCGGCCGUCGCCGACCCGUUGGACAAAAAGCCACCACCUCCUGCCUCGUUUCAGUCGCAGUCGACGAUCAACAAACUGUUGAAUCAGCUGAUCGGUGGGGGCGGCGACCCCCCUCAUACCGAAACCAACGGCACAAACGCAACGCCUAAGUCAGAGUCGGCGCAGUCCACGGUUCUGGGCGGAAUUCUGCCGAGCGACGUCGUCCCGUUGUUGAUGAGCAUUUCGACCCUGCUACCAGCGGGGACGGAUUCCAUCAACGACAUGCCCACCAUUACCGACUUCGUCGAUCGCUACAGCGAGGGAAGUCGCUGGGUCCAGUACGCGUCCACUACCGCAGCCUGGAAUUACCUGACGAACAUCACCCAGCACAACCAGGACGUCAUCAAUCAGGCGAACGAGUUGGAGGUAAACUACACUAAGGCGGCUGCCGAAGUAGCCAAAAGGAUCAACAUCGGCGUGAUCGCGAAUGAUACCUUGAGAAGGCUUAUCACAAAGGCAACGGACGAAGGAAUAUACGCUCUCAGGGAAGAGGAGCUUAAUGAGCUUAAAAGCAACCAAAGAAAAAUUAACGUGAUCUUCUUCAGUACCUCCGUCUGUGAGCCCGGAAGACCGCCGCCGUGCAGCUUGUUUCACACCCCAGAAAUCGUGAACGUAAUGGCGACGUCAACCGACUACAACCAGCUGUACCACUUGUGGACCGGAUGGAACAACCUGAUCGGACCAGCCAUUCAACAGUAUUACUUGAACGUCGUUCAGCUGACCAACAAAGCUGCUCUCUUGAACGGGUUGAACAGUGGUGCUGACAUUUGGUACGGAAAGUACGAAGUGUCAGGCAUUGAUUCGUUCAAAACUAUGUACGAAGACGUGAAGCCGCUGUACAUGCAGUUGUACACGUACUUGCGCCGAGAGCUGCAUUUGCGCUAUCCGACUCACGUGCCCACAAAGGGCAUGAUACCAGCGCAUUUAUUCGGAGAAAUUUCGGCGAAACACUGGUCCAAUCUCUACGAGUCGACGAAGCCCUUCCCAGAGGAACGGACCGUUGACUAUAUGGAACUGCAAACAAAGGCAUGUGUCAGUGUUACAGUCAGAAACCUAUUGAAAGUCUGUUCUCGAGUAAGCAUCGAAGACGUCAUCGUUGCGCAUCGCGAACUCACUUCCGUAUACUAUUCGUAUUCGUAUCGAAACUUGCCAGUUCCGUUCAGAGAAGCCACAAACCCAGCAUUUUCAUCGGCUCUCGCGGAAGCCGUGGCGCUGAUGGCGACCGUGCCGACUUACCUGCAAACCUUAGGUGUUCCUAUAAGCGAUGAAAACGACAAACAAAGCAUAAAUAAGCUGUAUGCAUUGGCUAUGCGCAUCGUGCCGUUCAUCCCUUACGCGUUGCUGACUGACAUCUGGCGCGAGAAGAUUUUUCGUGAGCAGCUUCCCAGGGAAAGAUUGAACGACGAAUGGUGGGAGUUAAGGAACAGUUACCAAGGCGUUGCUCCGCCGGCGCCUCGUUCAAUCACGGACUUUGACGCCGGAGCGGAUUACGAAAUAGCCCACAAUAUGCCCUAUUUAGGAAAUCUGAUUAGUUACAUUGUUCGAUUCCAGUUCCUAAAAAGCCUUUGCAACGCCUCAGGCUACCAAGGACCUUUGUCUAAAUGUAACAUCUACAACUCCGCUGAAGCUGGAACUAAACUCAGAACAAUAAUGAAAUUUGGUUCAAAAUAUAAAUGGACUUAUGUGAUGCAAAUCAUGUUCGGUACCGAAGAAAUUAGUUCCCGAGGAUUGAUGGAGUACUUUCAGCCGCUCCAUGAUUGGCUGGCCGCGAAAAACAGGGAGACCGACGAGUACGUCGGUUGGGACACCGAUUACGAGGUGUACAGUGGCAAUGUUUCAUAUAUCCCGACGGUAAAAGAAGAUUCUAUCGAGUCAUGGACGAAUAGCAAAAAUCAAGGCUAUAUGGGUAAGUUCAGCUUUUCUUUUAAUUCUGAGGUCAAGGGCAUAUCAGCCAAUGAUUGA